AAUAGAGUCUAAGAUGAAAUUACUCAUUAAAAUUUAUUGAUGAUGAAAAUCGGGAAUAGCAUAGCUAACUUCUUUCCGUAAAGAAUAAAAUAAGUCAGUAACAAUGACCUUUCAGAAUGACGGAAUGCCAGAUCAACAAUUUUUGUGGGAUGUUUUUCAAAGAGUGGACAAAGACAGGAGUGGUCAUAUUUCCGCUGAUGAGCUACAAGUGGCCCUUUCGAAUGGUACAUGGUCUGCAUUUAAUCCCGAAACGAUCCGUUUGAUGAUUGGAAUGUUUGAUCGCGAAAAUACAGGCACCGUAUCCUUCCAAGACUUCGGAGCAUUAUGGAAAUACGUGACGGAUUGGCAAAAUUGCUUUCGAUCAUUCGAUCGCGAUAGUUCUGGAAACAUUGACAAAACUGAGUUGAAGACAGCGCUGACAUCAUUUGGGUAUCGUUUAUCCGACCAUUUAAUUAACGUUUUGCUACGCAAGUUUGAUCGUUUUGGACGUGGUACAAUCCUGUUCGAUGAUUUUAUUCAAUGUUGCAUUGUGCUAUAUACUUUAACAACUGCAUUCCGACAGCACGACACUGAUAUGGAUGGGAUCAUAACCAUACAUUAUGAACAAUUUUUAAGUAUGGUUUUUUCAUUAAAAAUAUAAUUGUAAAUAAUCAAGAACAAAACAAAUACAAACAAGAAAAAUAAAACCA